UGGGCACCUCCAUGGCAGGGGAGAAGGGCUGUCGCAGUGCCAUGGAUAUCAAGCGGCUAGCGGGCCUUCUGCAGCGUGGAGCCGGGCGAUUGCUGGUCAUCGACAGCCGGACUUUCUCUGAGUACAAUGCCUCGCAUGUGCACGGCGCCGUCAACGUCUGCUGCUCCAAACUGGUCAAGAGGAGGCUUAAGCAGGACAAGGUGUCAGUUACCGAGCUCCUCCAACCCAACAGAAAGGUCAAGGUGGACCUGGGCCGCAGGCAGGAGGUGGUGGUGUACGAUCAGAGCACGAAAGACGCCGGUCAGCUUUCUAAAGACAGCUUCGUCAACAUCCUCCUGAGCAAGCUGGACGGCAGCUUCCACCGGGUGUCUCUGCUGACAGGUGGUUUUGCAGCAUUCUCAUCCUGUUUUCCGGGCCUAUGUGAAGGCAAGCCAGUGGCCACUCUGCCUAUGAGCUUGUCUCAGCCAUGUCUGUCUGUGGCAAAUGUUGGUCCCACACGAAUCCUGCCCCAUCUCUACCUGGGCUCUCAAAAAGAUGUGCUCAACAAGGAUCUGAUGGCUCAAAACGGCAUCACAUAUGUGUUAAAUGCAAGCAACACCUGCCCAAAGCCAGAGUUCAUCUCCGAAAGCCAUUUCAUGCGCAUUCCCGUCAAUGACAACUACUGUGAAAAACUCCUGCCAUGGCUAGACAAAACCAACGAGUUUAUUGACAAAGCCAAGGUUUCCAACUGUCGAGUCAUUGUCCAUUGUUUAGCUGGCAUCUCCAGGUCCGCUACCAUCGCCAUCGCUUAUAUCAUGAAGACAAUGGGCUUGUCAUCAGAUGACGCGUACAGGUUUGUGAAGGACCGCAGACCUUCAAUAUCACCCAACUUCAACUUCCUGGGGCAGCUGCUGGAGUUCGAGAAAGGUCUGAGGUUGCUAAAGGCUCUGUCCUCGGGUCAAGAGAAGUUGGAGCAGUUGAAGGAAUUGUCAGAACCUAGAGGAGAAUCUUCUAGUGAUCCUGAAAAGGCUCGUCUGGAGGCUGAGAAGGACAGCACAGAUUUGGACACCAAGCUACCUUCUCCUUCCUCCCUCCAGCAGGGCUUUAAUGGCUUGAAUCUGUCGGCAGAGCGUAUCCUAGACACCAACCGGCUCAAACGCUCUUUCUCACUUGACAUCAAAUCGGUCUAUGAGCCCAACCACUGUCCUCGUCUCACGCCUGCGCAUACUGAGGAUGUUCCCAAACUCUGCAAGCUGGAUAGCCCAGAGGUCGGAGAAGCUAAUGGUGUAUGCCAGUACUCACCUAUUUCUGUCAGCCCUGCUUUAGCUGAAUCUCCAGGCCUCUUUCCUGAGAGCAGCUCCCGACCUCGUUCGCGGAGAAAAGGCAAGCACAAUGGUAGCAGUGCUGGAGGUUCUCCCGUGCACUCGCACUUCGGACACUCACUCCCCGCACACAAAAGUCCCAGUCUUGAUGACAAUCUGAAGCCCUCCCUGCUGCUCAGCCUUCCCACUGUGGGCACCGGGCCCAUGUGGACCAAGCAUAGAGACACCGUACAGGCCACAACCCCUGUUACGCCAACAGGCGAAGCCCCUUGGUUCUACAGCUCUGAGUCAAUGAACAGUAACGGAGGUGGAGGUGGGGCGGUACACUUUCCUGCGCUGGGCUGUAGCAGCCUCCCUGGCCCAUGCGAGGCUGUACGUCUGCGGGAGAAGGUGGGGGAGCCACGGGACUCGAGGGGCAGCUGGCACGAGGAUGCUCCCACUUCCAGUGCUGCCGACAAUCAGUUCAAGCGGCGCAGCUGUCAGAUGGAGUUUGAAGAGGGGAUAUCGGAGACACGUUCAAGGGAGGAACUGGGAAAGAUCAGCAAACAGUCCAGCUUCUCUGGAAGCAUGGAAAUCGUUGAAGUAUCCUGACAUCACCUGCACAGCCCCUGGGGACUUUAACGCACAGACGGACAGACGCCACUUAUGAGCAAGGAUGACUAAGAGUGGGCCUGGCAAGGCUGUGGAACAUUCAUAUUAGUUCAUAGAAUUGUCAAUAAAUGACUAGUUCUCAGAAAUUGAACUUUUUUUGUUUUUUGUCUUUUUAAGCCGGUGGAACCGGACGCAGAUUGACUUUUUUCUUUGUCUUUCUACUGUUUGUAAGCCAUAGCCAUCCCCGGAUGACAACGAGCUGAGACUGCAGUGGCAGAAUCCCUCAUUUCCUCAUUCUAGAAACAGACCACCCUUUUCCUCACAAAAGCUUUACCAGCCUUUUGGUGUAUUGAGAAUCAAGCAUGGCUGUUAUGUUCACACUUGUUUCUUUUAUUAUGCUGCCCUGGACUCAGUGAAGUUACACCGCCACAGCACAAGGAGUCAGCACAGACUAAGCCUUGGUGGUACAUGCUUUUACUGGCUGAAUGAAGGCCUCUUUGUGCAGUGCUCUUGUCCACCCUGCUCCUGUAUCCCAGCAUUCAUGGAAUCCCGGAGGAGGAAUCAGGCAUGUCAUGAAGGAAAUGCAUUGUGGACUCUUUCCCAUAAUGUUCUCUGUCACUCUUUUGUUACCCAGAUUUCAGGGUCUUGUCCUUCCCCUCCUGUGCCCAAGUGGUGAUGCUCGAACUGUUGUGCAACCCACGUUCCUCUCACUAAGCAUGCGUCAAGGCUGCUGUUUUAAUUACAAACAAAUAGUAUAUGAACUAUACACAGUGAUUUCAAUGGACGUCUAGUUUUUGUCAUUUUCUUAGUUACGGUUUUAAUUUAUUCUACUGGUUCAUUCUGGUAAUGAGAAAUAAUAUAAAGAUUGUGGAGUUUUUAUUUUUCCUCUUUUUCUGUGUUGAUCUCUCUUUUUAAAGUGAUUUACAAAAAUACACUCACAAAACCGAUACGCAACUACAAGCAAUACAGGUGCAUCUCAAUAAAUUAGAAUGUCGUGGAAAAGUUCAUUUAUUUUA